CUAGCGUUUGUUUGAAACACCUUGUUGAAUGGAACCGAACCCUGCUCCAGGUGCUUCUUCUAUCGAGAAGGACUUGAAAGACUUGAAGGAGACGGAAGAUAAGGUGGUGCAGUUGCUCGAUAUUGUGAGGGAAGUCACCAGCAUUAUGGGCGAUCCCCAGGCAACGACCGACGAAAGCAUCGAACGCACGACCCAGUUGACGCGCCAGUAUUUGCAAACUGUAAAUGUGGGGACCUCCGUGCCUUUGGUGAGGUUUGUAGGAAAUUUGUGAUUCGCUUCGAACGCACUGUGAAUUGGUGAGCAACUACAGAGAAUUGUAUCGUGUGGAUAGUCGGCAGUGGGUUCAGCAGAUAACCGACCAAGCGCGUCUGUCCUCCGAGGACAUCGAAGAUGUGAUUAGUUUCGUGGCCCGUCGCUCCAAAU